AUUGGACCAUAAUUUAUCUUUUUGAUAUUUUAUCUUCUAGAGCAGAGUUGGCCUUUCAACUCCGUGAGACUGCAGAAAGUUUCAUGAUCCAUGCUUUGAUCAAAUAAAAAAACAUCCGUUAAAGAGAAGUACUGAACUGUUUGACCACAUAAUCUUGGUGGAGGGGCAUACAACUAGCUCUGUUAUUAUAUUUUAUAUGCCUCUUGAUAGAAUAAGUAUUAGUAUCUACAUGAAAUUGAGUGUUAUUGAAUGUGUGCUUUCCCCAGAGAUGCAUGCAAGUGAUUUAGGAACUAACCAUGUCUUUGAAGGUUUUUAUUCAAAGUGAGAACAUCCAAAGCAAAUCAGUGGUGAUUUUCUUCUCUCUCUCUCUGUCUCUCUCUCUCUAAAGCUAUCAAUGAACAAUGGUUUCUCAAACCAACCUGGGUUCCUGUUGAAAAUAUGAAUUCCCUGGCCUCACUUCAAGCUUUUGAAAUAAAACUCUCUCGGGGUGGAGCUCAGGAACACUAAUUUCAAACACACACCAUGGGAUUCUCUGGCACUGAAAAUUAUUGAUAGCCUCUGAGGUUUUUCUUUGAGAUUUGGGGCUUUUUGGGGCCCCUUUAGAACAGAUUUCCUUGAAGGUUAUUUGAAUGAAUUGCUGCCCAACUUAUGUAACUGAAAGUUAUAAUCCCUGUCUAAAUUUUAAUGUAUUUUAAAGGAAAAUUAUGUGGUCAUUUUUGCCUGAAAAAACAUUGUUUGUGAUAAUAAAACCCCAUUUUAGAAAAAAUUAGAAGAUGCAGAAGAAACAAAAUUUCUUUAAUUCUGUAACGAAGAAACAACCAUUAGUGAUUCUUUCUGGCAUUUUAUAUGUAGAAGACAUGUACACCCCACACAUAUAGCAUAACUGAGAUUAUAUUCUAUGUACAAUUUUAUAUUCUGUUUUUUUUUUUUUAACUUAGCUGUCAUGAGCACUUUCCCAUGUAGUUAAGUUUUUUAAACACCAUUUUAAUGAAAGGACAUAUUCCAUCAUAUGGAGGUACUGUAAUUAAUUAAAUCAGCUCCCUAAUGUUAACACUGAUUCUUUUCAGUUUUUGUUUAUUUUAGUAAUGUUGGCUGAUGGAGUCAAAAGCUAUUCAAAUGCAUUUUUAAAAUCUAAUUUUCACAUAUCUGUACUGCUUUCCUUGCCAGGAAAAGUUGACGUUUCUGAAGGAUCUAUUGCAUUUCAGGCCCAUUCUCUUAUUUCAGUGGUUUUCAAACUUUAAUGCGUAUAAGAAUUACCUGAGGAGCUUGUUAAAAAUUUAUUUUCCCAAGUCCUAGGCCCAGCUGCUCUGAGAGUAGGGCCUAGGAAUAUGCAAUUUUAAUAAAUUCCCCUCUGUGUUAGAUAUAAGCACUCUUGGAACCACACUUUGGAAAAUGCUUUUUAAACAAAUGGCCAAACAGACUCAAAAAUGUAGGUCACUUGCCCAAAGCCACUUAUAUAUCUGUUCACAAUAUUUGAGUUCAGCUCUUCAUGACUUCAGAGCCUUUUUUUCCCAUUACCUCAGACCUCAAACCCUAAUGGCUGCAGAAAGGGAACCCUGACCCCACUGCAGAGUUCUGUAGGACAGCUGAAAAUGACACAUAAAUACACAUUGAACCUCCAUUAAAUUGCCUGGCAGAAGUUCCUAUGAAUUCUGUUACGCUGCAUAACAUAUACUGUGUAAAACAAUUUCAGUGCUUUGCUUAUUAAAUUUAGUUCAUGUUUCCUCACUGUUUUAUGACAACUCUUGCUGUAAAAUGGGUGAUACAGGAUCAUCUGGCAUCUCUUGCCCACAGGCGAGGACCCUGCUCCGUUGUGCUCUGUGGGUUCAGGGAGGAAGGAGCAGUCAAAGUAGAAACACCUUUCUCUGGAGUCAGGGAAGAGGAGCACUGCUUUGGAGCAUUCAGUGGCAGAGGAGUGGAAGAUGAGAUUGUCGGAGCAGAACCACUGAGCAGAAGCAGGCACUGUGUCAGUUGUCAUCGAGCACGCAAUCAGAUCGGAAGAGUUGAACUGGUAGCUUCCUGCUGGGAGUGAAGCCGAGUGAUCCAUCCUGCUCACAUAAUAAGACAUGGGCUUCCACAUGACUUUCUACCCUUCCUACAAAUUCCGGUUACUGUUGCUUUUUACUUUAUGCCUGACAGUGGUUGGGUGGGCCACUAGUAACUACUUUGUGGUUGCUAUUCAAGAGAUUCCUAAAGCUAAGGAUUUUAUUACUAAUUUCAAGAAGGCUGUGGUUUUGGGGAAGAAAGAAACUCUGAUUCAUGAAGCCUCUGUGAAAAGCCCAGACCUGGACAGCUGCCCCUCUGUCUCUCCACACCUCAGAGGUCAAGACAAGCUCAUUUUCAAACCAGAUCUUACUCUGGAAGACGUGCAGGCAGAAAAUCCCAAAGUACACAGAGGCCGGUAUCACCCUGAGGAAUGUAAGGCCCUGCAGCGGGUCGCCAUCCUCAUUCCACACCGGAACCGAGAGAGACACCUGACGUACCUGCUGGAGCACCUCCAUCCCUUCUUGCAGAGACAGCAGCUGGAGUAUGGCAUCUACAUCAUCCACCAGGCUGGAAGUAAAAAGUUUAAUCGAGCCAAACUCUUGAAUGUGGGCUAUAUAGAAGCUCUCAAGGAUGAAAAUUGGGACUGCUUUAUAUUCCAUGAUGUGGACCUGGUGCCCGAGAACGACCUGAAUCUUUACAAGUGUGAGGAUCAGCCCAAGCACCUGGUGGUGGGCAGGAACAGCACUGGGUACAGGUUGCGUUACAAUGGAUAUUUUGGGGGCGUCACUGCCCUAAGGAGAGAGCAGUUUUUCAAGGUGAAUGGAUUCUCUAACAACUACUGGGGCUGGGGAGGCGAAGACGAUGACCUCAGACUCAGGGUUGAGCUUCAUAGAAUGAAAAUAAUCCGACCAAUGCCCGAUGUGGGGAAAUACACAAUGAUCUUCCACACCAGAGACCAAGGCAAUGAGGUGAAUAUAGAACGGAUGAAGCUCUUACAUCAGGUGUCACGAGUCUGGAGAACAGAUGGGCUGAGCAGUUGUGUUUAUAAAUUACUGUCUGUGGAUUACAAUCCUUUAUAUAUCAACAUCACAGUGGAUUUCUGGUCUAACCCAUGACCCUGGAUUGUCUGGUGAUGUUCGGAAGAGCUGAAUAUUUGAUUGCAAUAGUUUUGGCCUAGAGACUUCCCCUAGUAGCACACAUUAAGAACUUGUUACAGCUAAUUACCAAGCUGAACUUUUCCUUUUUUGUAUUUUCUUAGCAGAGUUCCUGGUAAGAUGGAAUGUAAAACAGCUGUAACAAAACAGCUUUCUUAGUUGUUUUGAUCAUGAAGGUUAAAAUAUUGUAAUACGGAUACUCGAAGGACUGAAUAUGAAAGGAAGACUCAAAAGAUAUCAUGCAGGCUACUUGAGAACACUAAUUGAAGGAGAUUUAUUUAAGUUUGAAGUGAUACAUUGUGGGAUGAAAAAGGCCACAGGAAAUAAGAUUGGUGAAUAUCACGGAGAACCAGAAUUGUUCUCGGAGGGAGAAAGGUACGAAGAUGUAUUUCUCUUACUCAUUUAUCCUGCAUGGUCAUCUGUGAAGAGGUGGGUCCCACAUGAGAAGACAGCAGCAGAAGAGGGGAGAGAGUUGGAGAACCAAGAUGCAGCCAAUCUGUGAAUUGAAGAGGUGGUGGGAGGGCAGUGCCAGAUGGAGAAGCAGCCCGGUUGUGCUGGCUGCUGCUAAUGCUGUGCAGGUGGUGUCACCUGCCCGGACACGCCUUCCAGGAAGACCCCGGCAGAAAACGCAUUGUCUACUACUUUUUAAAUCAUUUUUGUAAAAUGAUUUUGUACAUGUAGCAUUUGAAUUAGCAGUUUGCAGAUUACAUAGUAACUAAUAAUACAUUGGAAAUACCUCUGCAGUAAAAUAUAAAAAAACC